AUGGGUAACGAUGCUUCGAGGGUGACUGUUGACGCAUUCAGAGCAUCCCUGGUUCGCGCCCAGGUCGGGGCGAGGGGACGGACCUCUCGGCGAGGAAUUGUCUACAUCUCCACACCCAGGAAACUGGACUGCCUCGGUACAGCCCCCAGUACAGCCCUCAGUACAGCCCUCCAGUACAUCCCCCAGUACAGCCCCCAGUACAGCCACCCAGUACAGCCCUCAGUACAGCCCUCCAGUACAUCCCCCAGUACAGUCCUCCAGUACAGCCCCCAGUACAUUCACCAGUACAGCCCCCAGUACAGCCCCCAGUACAGCCACCCAGUACAGCCCUCAGUACAGCCCUACAGUACAUCCCCCAGUAUAGCCCCCAGUACAUCCCCCAGUACAGCCCUCAGUACAGCCCUCCAGUACAGCCCCCAGUACAGCCCUCCAGUACAGCCCCCAGUACAGCCCUCCAGUACAGCCCCCAGUACAGCCCUCAGUACAGCCCUCCAGUACAGCCCCCAGUACAGCCCUCCAGUACAGCCCCCAGUACAGCCCUCCAGUACAGCCCCCAGUACAGCCCCCAGUACAGCCCUCCAGUACAGCCCUCAGUACAGCCCUCCAGUACAGCCCCCAGUACAGCCCCCAGUACAGCCCUCCAGUACAGCCCACCAGUACAGCCCUCCAGUACAGCCCCCAGUACAGCCCCCAGUACAGCCCUCCAGUACAGCCCCCAGUACAGCCCUCCAGUACAGCCCUCCAGUACAGCCCCCAGUACAGCCCUCCAGUACAGCCCUCCAGUACAGCCCCCAGUACAGCCCCCAGUACAGCCCCCAGUACAGCCCUCCAGUACAGCCCUCCAGUACAGCCCCCCAGUACAGCCCCCAGUACAGCCCUCAGUACAGCCCCCAGUACAGCCCUCCAGUACAGCCCUCCAGUACAGCCCCCAGUACAGCCCCCCAGUACAGCCACCCAGUACAGCCCUCAAUACAGCUCUCAGUACAGCUCUCAAUACAGCCUCCAGAACAGCCCUCCAGUACGGCCCUCCAAUACAGCCUUCAGUACAGCCCCCAGUUCUGCCCCCAAUACAGCCCCCAGUACAGCCCUCCAGUACGGCCCUCCAGUACAGCCCUCCAGUACAGCCCUCCAGUACAGCCCUCCAGUACAGCCCCCCAGUACAGCCCUCCAGUACAGCCCCCAGUACAGCCCCUCAGUACAGCCCCCAGUACAGCCCUCAGUACAGCCCCCAGUACAGCCCUCAGUACAGCCCCCAGUACAGCCCCCAGUCCCUCAGUACAGCCCCCAGUACAGCCCUCAGUACAGCCCCCAGUACAGCCCUCAGUACAGCCCCCCAGUACAGCCCCCAGUACAGCCCUCCAGUACAGCCCCCAGUACAGCCCCCAGUACAGCCCUCAGUACAGCCCUCCAGUACAGCCCUCCAGUACAGCCCUCCAGUACAGCCCUCAGUACAGCCCUCCAGUACAGCCCUCCAGUACAGCCCCCAGUACCAGUACAGCCCCCCAGUACAGCCCCCCAGUACAGCCCCCAGUACAGCCCUCAGUACAGCCCUCCAGUACAGCCCUCCAGUACAGCCCCCCAGUACAGCCCCCAGUACAGCCCCCCAGUACAGCCCCCAGUACAGCCCCCAGUACAGCCCUCCAGUACAGCCCCCAGUACAGCCCCCAGUACAGCCCCCAGUACAGCCCCCAGUACAGCCCCCAGUACAGCCCCCAGUACAGCCCCCAGUACAGCCCCCAGUACAGCCCUACAGCCCCCAGUACAGCCCCCCAGUACAGCCCCCAGUACAGCCCUCCCAGUACAGCCCCCAGUACAGCCCCCAGUACAGCCCCCAGUACAGCCCCCAGUACAGCCCCCAGUACAGCCCCCAGUACAGCCCCCAGUACAGCCCCCAGUACAGCCCCCAGUAGCCCCCAGUACAGCCCCCAGUACAGCCCCCAGUACAGCCCUCCAGUACAGCCCUGGAGUACAGCCCCCAGUACAGCCCCCAGUACAGCCCCCAGUACAGCCCCCAGUACAGCCCUGGAGUACAGCCCCCAGUACAGCCCCCAGUACAGCCCCCAGUACAGCCCCCAGUACAGCCCCCAGUACAGCCCCCAGUACAGCCCCCAGUACAGCCCCCAGUCCAGUACAGCCCCCAGUACAGCCCCCAGUACAGCCCCCAGUACAGCCCCCCAGUACAGCCCCCAGCCCCCAGUACAGCCCCCAGUACAGCCCCCAGUACAGCCCCCAGUACAGCCCCAGCCCUCCAGCCCCCAGUACAGCCCUCCAUACAGGCCUCCAGUACAGCCCCCCAGUACAGCCCUCCAGUACAGCCCCCAGUACAGCCCUCCAGUACAGCCCCCCAGUACAGCCCUCCAGUACAGCCCCCAGUACAGCCCUCCAGUACAGCCCUCCAGUACAGCCCUCCAGUACAGCCCUCCAAUACAGCCCCCCAGUACAGCCCCCAGUACAGCGCCCAGAGACCUGGCCGUGAUCAAGACAAAGGAGAUGAUUGUGGACUACAGGAAAAAGUGGACCGAUCACGCCCCGAUUCUCAUCGACGGGGCUGUAGUGGAGCAGGUUGACAGCUUCAACUGCACCAUCGAGAGCAUCCUGACCGGUUGCAUCACCGCCUGGUAUGGCAACUGCUCGGCCUCCGACACUACAGAGGGCCGUGCGUAUGGCCCAGUACAUCACUGGGGCCAAGCUGCCUGCCAUCCAGGACCUCUAUACCAGGCGGUGUCAGAGGAAGGCCCUAAAACUUGUCAAAGACUCCAGCCACCCUAG